AUGGUAGUUGCUAGUGGUAACAAAACUGGAACACUCUACCUAACUUCACAUGCGAGUGACACCCUCACAAUUACAGCAGGCAAAAGAGUGUGGAUCUGGAACAAUAGAUUGGGACACAUGGGUCAGAAGGGUAUGAAGAUUCUACACUCUCAAGUAAAGCUAACCAAUAUCGAUUUAGUUGAAGUUGGUAUUUGUGAAGACUGUAUCUACGAGAAGCAAAAAAGGGUCAGAUUUCAGAAGAGUGGAAGACCACCUAAAGCUCACAAGCUAGAACUUGUUUAUACAGAUGUAUGGGGUCCAGCUAGCGUGUCUUAUCUUGGCGAUUCGAUGUACUACACAACCUUUAUCGAUGAUUAG